GCCAUUAAUUGUGCAUUCUCUGUUCAACUUUGACAUGCACUAAGCACUACACUUCUCCACUUCUCUUUCCUUCUCUUUUUUCUCACAGCUCUUUUUUUCUUUCUGUUCUCACUAUCUUCUUCUUCAUUUCAUUAACUAUUGGAUUUACAACAAAAAUUCUACAGAAAGAGAGACUUAAUUACUCUUCAAGGAAGAGAUAGAUAUGGGUUCUUUUCUUUGAUUUAUUUUAUUAUAAACGAAGAAGAAGAAUUCUCUUAAAAGACAGCAAACCUGGAAGAUUUGAGCCAAGGGGAAAGAUGGGUGUCUUUCAGUUUCUGUUAUUUCUCGUUCUUUUGUUCACAAUCUACAAUAUUCCACUGUCGGUUCGUGGGAACACGGAGCUUAGAGUUCUAAUGGAGCUGAAGACUUCUUUAGACCCAACAAACAAGGUCCUUGAUUCAUGGAAAAGCGAUGGUGACCCUUGCAGCGGUACUUUUGUGGGUGUGGCUUGUAAUGAGCACCGUAAGGUGGCCAACAUUUCGUUACAGGGAAAGGGUCUUUCAGGUAAAGUCUCGCCUGCUAUUGCGGGACUGAAGUGCCUCUCCGGUUUGUACUUGCAUUACAAUUCCUUAUCUGGAGAGAUACCUAAAGAGCUUUCAUAUCUUCAAGAAUUAACUGAUCUUUAUCUUAACGUUAAUAAUCUGUCUAGUAGCAUUCCUCCAGAGAUUGGUAACAUGGCUGCUUUACAAGUUCUACAGUUAUGUUGCAACCAGCUGACAGGGAAUAUACCUUCUGAGAUAGGGUCUUUGAAGAGACUAAGUGUUCUUGCUUUGCAAUAUAAUAGACUAGAUGGUAAAAUUCCAGCUAGCUUAGGGAACUUGGGAAUGUUGAAAAGAGUUGACUUGAGCUUCAAUCGCCUCUUUGGUGCAAUUCCUACAACAUUAGCUGAUAUUCCACAAUUGGAAAUUCUAGACAUCCGAAACAAUGCUCUAUCUGGAAACGUCCCUUCGGGUCUGAAGAGAUUAAACGGAGGAUUCCAAGGUGAGAACAACUCAGAUCUAUGUGGAACAGGCUUUCCAACAGUGAGAGGUUGCACUCGUUUUGAUACUCAGAACAUCAACCAGCUUGAACCUGUCCGAUCACAUUUAAAUGACACUGCACCAGGAGCUAUCUCACAUACAUCAAAUAACCAGGGACAUUGCAACCAUACUCAUUGCUCAAAUCCAUCGAGAUUCCCAAAGAUACCUGUUAUUUCAGGGGUUAUUCCAGUUAGUUUCGUUUUUAUGGUUGCUGGAUUUCUUGCAUUUUUUCUCUACCGUAGGCAGAAACAAAAGAUUGGAAAUACAUCUGACCCUUCUGAUGAGCACCUCAGCACUGACCAGGCAAAGGAAUUUCAAAGAAAUGGAAGUGUUUCGCCACUUGUAACUCUUGAAUAUUCAAAUGGAUGGGAUCCAUUAGGUGAUGGUUGGAAUGACAUUGGAUUUUCCCAGGAGCAUUUGAAUAAAUUUAGGUUCAAUAUAGAAGAAGUUGAGUCUGCAACUCAAUGCUUUUCCGAGUUGAAUAUUCUGGGAAGGAACAAGUUCUCAUCUGUCUACAAAGGAAUUCUAAGAGACGGCUCUGUUGUAGCCAUUAGGAGCAUAAAUGUGACCAGCUGCAAGUCUGAGGAAGCGGAAUUUGUUAAGGGCUUGAACUUAUUAACCUCCUUGAGACAUGAUAACCUUGUUAAGCUGCGAGGGUUUUGCUUCUCAAAAGGCAGAGGCGAAUGUUUUCUCAUUUACGACUUUGCUUCCAAGGGAAACCUAUCUAACUAUGUCGAUCUAAAUGACGGAAGUGAACCGAUUCUUGACUGGUCGACAAGGAUUUCCAUCAUCAAUGGCAUCGCAAAAGGUAUGGAAUAUUUGCACAGAAGUGAAGCAAACAAGCCACCGAUAGUCCACCGCAACAUAUCUGUAGAGAAGAUUCUCAUUGACCAGCAAUUCAACCCAUUGAUUGCAGACUCUGGUCUGCAUAAGAUUCUUGCUGAUGACAUUGUCUACUCAACUCUGAAAGUGAGUGCAGCCAUGGGUUAUCUAGCACCAGAGUACAUUACCACCGGUCGUUUUACAGAGAACACUGACAUAUUUGCAUUUGGGGUGAUUAUUCUCCAAAUCCUGUCUGGUAAACUUCAACUCACAAGCUCAAUGCGGUUGGGAGCAGAAUCUAGCAGGUUUGAAGAUUUUAUGGACACAAAUCUCAGAGGAGACUUUUCUGAAUCCAUGGCAGCUAAGCUCGGGAAAAUUGCACUUAAUUGCAUUCAUGAACACCCUAAUGAUAGACCAAGCAUGGAGACAAUAAUUAAAGAGCUAAAUGAUAGCAGCAUCAGUUCUUGAUGGGCAU